AACGGUUACGUUCAAGCUGUGUUCAAACGUAGCGCUCACGUCGUUUUCAAGCUCAGAGCGGAAAGAAAUUACGCCUUGACGAACACAGUCACGUUUUCUAAGUUACAAAAAUAUUUGAAUUGAAAAUAAUCAUAGAAAUAAGUUGCUCGCGCGUGAAUUGUUUUCUUUGUGAAGGCAAGGCAUUGAUUCGACGUUUAUACCGAGUAUCACCGAGUUGAAAAGGAUGUUGUGAUAACUCUGAUACUAAUAUAAUUUUGUUACUGAUUGAAAUCAGCUGUCAUUGAUAAUUUAACAAGAGACAUUUAAAUGAAGAUGUAUAUUGUGUUACUUUCCCUUGUUAUAAUUGGGUUUAAUCAUGCUGGCUCUGUGACAAAUCAGUGUAAUUAUGCUUUGAGGAAAGAUAAGGGCUACAUCAAGAGCCCGCAGUACCCAAACUCAUACGCCAACAAUCUAAACUGUUCUUGGCAGAUCGUUGUACCUAUUGGGAAGCAGAUCGUUCUUAACAGUGAACAGUUUAAAUUGGAAAACAGUUACAAUUGUGAAAGUGACGCUUUGUAUAUAUACGAUGGACCAAACGAAAGAUCAAACUUGUAUUCGCAGCCAUAUUGUCACAAGAAUGGACCUAAAAACGUUACAUCAUCCGGAAAUUCGUUGUUUAUUCGUUUCAUUACUGAUAAAUUAGACAACGCUAGAGGCUUUCUUUUAAAGUAUGAUUCCGUAAAAGUUUGCGAUUAUGAAUUUACGCAGACAAAUGGUACGUUUGCCUCACCAAGAUAUCCGAACAAUUAUUAUGAAAACGCGAAUUGUUCGUACAGAAUCAGAACUCGCAAAGACCAAACCAUAGUGUUACGCUUUUUUGAUUUCGUACUGGAGAGAAAAGUGAAAGAUGAGUGUUUGGAUUACGUUAAAGUGUACGACGUGCUUUCGACAGGAACGAAGAUUCUCAAAACACUGUGUGGUGAUGCGUUACCACUACCUAUCCGAUCGUCUUCUAACAAGAUGUUAAUCAAAUUUCAUUCAGAUGGUUUAAUAAACAAUAUUGGUUUCAAGGUUUCCUAUCACAGUGUCUACUCGUUUUGUAGAAUUAACGAAUUUAAAUGUGGUAACGGUCGAUGUGUGCACGCGCGAUUAAUAUGCAAUGGAGUCAACAACUGUUUAGACAACACUGAUGAAGCGUACUGCUGUAAAGGAUUUACAUGUGACAACCAUAAAUGUAUUGACAAGAAAAACGUUUGUAAUGGCGUCCAUGAGUGUCACGAUGGCAGUGAUGAAAGAAACUGCAAUGGAAAAAAAAUAACAACUCUUCGACCUCAAGUGACCACGACCGUCUACACACAAAAGACAACAACAAAAUCUAUUGUGACAACUCCAGCAAUGAAUUGUGGGUAUAGUGAGUAUGAAUGUCAAAACAAGGAAUGCAUUGCUGCCGCAAAACGAUGCGAUGGAGAAAAUGAUUGUGGCGAUAACAGCGAUGAAAGUGAUUGUUCUGGGCAGUGUAAGAAUAUGAAUGGCGGGUGCCAACAUAUUUGCAGCUACGAUCGGAGGACUGGAGUCAAGUGUAGUUGUUACAAAGGUUUCCAGUUAGAUUCUGAUGGUCUAAGAUGUAUUGAUAUCAACGAGUGUUCAUCUCGACCAUGUGCUCAGCUCUGUACAAAUAUUUUUGGUUCUUAUAAAUGUGGUUGUCCUCAAGGCUAUCGAUUGGCAAGCGAUCAAUACAAUUGUACAGAUUUUGAUGAGUGUGCUUUAAAGAAAGGGCAAUGUGAGCAACUUUGUGUCAACAAGAUUGGAACAUACGAGUGUGCUUGUUACGAUGGUUUCAUCUACGAUGAAGAGCAACAAACAUGUGUUGAUGUGGACGAAUGUCUCGUGAAUAAUGGAGGAUGCUCUGAAAAAUGUGUAAAUGAGCUUGGUACAUACUCGUGUGCUUGUAAUAAAACAGGAUACAAAAUGAUUCCAGGAAAAACUACAUGCGAAGAAGUCGACGAGUGCGAGCUUGGUACUGCAAGUUGCGAUCAACUUUGCGUGAACACUGACGGCGGCUACAAAUGUCGGUGUCGUCCUGGAUUUCGACUAAGUUACAACGAACAUAACUGUGAGGAUGUAAAUGAGUGUUUGGUGGGGGUUCAAGGAUGCUAUGGUGAAUGUAUAAACACGGUUGGAAGCUAUCGAUGCGAAUGUGAUAACGGGUUUAAAGAAAUAAACAACGACACGAAAUGUGAAGAUGUCGACGAAUGUCAGAUUAAAAAUGGCGGAUGUUCUAAUUUGUGUAUCAACAACCCGGGAAGUUUUUUGUGCAAAUGCCAUAAAGGUUACAUUGCCAGGGAUUCACGUUCAUUUACUUGCGUUGACAAAAACGAAUGCGAAACUAGUCCCUGUGAAGAAGAGUGUAUCAAUACACCUGGUUCAUUCCAAUGUCGAUGCAAAGAGGGUUACCAUAUCGUAAAUUUUACAAAAUGCCAAGAUGUUGACGAAUGUUUGGACGUCAGCAAGAGUGGUUGUGAACAUCAUUGUACCAACACUCCCGGAAGCUUUUUCUGCACAUGCCCAGAUGGAUUGACGUUAAACAGCGACAAACGCACUUGCAUAGAAGCUGUUAAUAGCACUGGUUGUCGCCGUCUUCGUAUCAACACAACCACUAUUUUAGAUACAACAUGGACAGAUGUGACACAGGGUUGGGCGUGGCAAGUCAGUCUAAGUAUUGAUUUCUCAACUCUAAUAAUACCGAACUUCAAAUGCAUGGGUGUCUUGGUUGACAAGCAAUUUGUGCUCACAACCGCCCAUUGCGUCAAAAUUGGAUAUUUUCGUAUCGGGGCGGAAAAGAUUUUAGUAUCGCUUGGAGGAUAUCGUCAUGGAGAUCGCUACAGUAAUAGCAACGUUCGGGCAAAGAAGAUCAUAUUUCACAGCACACUGGAUUUAGCUUUGAUUCAGUUAAGGUCUAAAAUAAAAGUCUCAAAACAUAUUCAACCUAUAUGCUUGAUGCAGCGUGAACAUGACAUUGAUACAUCACGAAAUAAAAAGAUGGUGGCAUCAACGUGGUCCACAGGAAUGUCAUCGAGUCAUCUUCAACAAGUUUAUGCAAAAGUUGUGGAUUCAAAUGUUUGUAAAUGGAAUGACGUGAACAUAUUUCGCAAUACAAAUUCAAUUUGUGCACGGUUCGAUGUGAAAAAGACGUUUUUACCAAUGAGUGGGUCACCACUGCUAGCAGUGUUACGCGGAACCUCUCCUUUACGGCGAAAACAAAAAUGGUACCUGGCAGCUAUAUUAAUUCAAGGAGACGGAUUUCCCGGCAAACGAAAGACGUAUUCUCCAAUAUACAAACAUGUGGGUUAUUACAGAGCAAGUCAAUUCGUCAACUGGAUACGUCAUACAAUAAAAACUGUCGAUGGUUCAUAAUAUGUGUAAAUUUGAUUGGAUGGCAUAGAUCACGUGCAUACUUGUUAUAAAAAACUACGUUUAACAUUGUGUAAUUAUUUUAUAUGUAUCAAAACGGAAAACUCUUUUUCAUUCGGUAUCAAGUCAAUACGACGAUUUAUUUGUAAUUUUAUUCUAAAAUAAAAAACCCAUAGUGCA